AGACGCCCACUGACUGCUGAGGAACUACAGAGAGGGCCCGCCUCCUGCCCGAGGGAUUGGCUCCUCGAGGGUAUCAUCUACCGUCUAUUGGCUGCUGCAUCUGUCAAUGCCGUCGCAGUGCAUCCCGGGAGCUGCAGUCCGGCAGCUCGUCUUGCUGGCGUGCGCCCGGGCGUGCGUGGUGGGCGGUUGAGCAGCUCGGAUCGCGCAGUUUACUUCCGGCCGGGAGGAUGAGAGAGUUUGGGGAGUCGCAAGUGCUGGUAUCGGACAUCCUUCAAGGUUGAGCCCUUUUUUUCAGCUGUGAGUCUCUGCACAUGUCUGAUACUCUCAUGUCGCAUGGAUUCCAGAAAGACACUCCUUGCAGGAGAACAUGGCCUCCCAGUGAUGUGAGAAGAGAUGUAAUCUGAUCUCCAGGGUACAGUGGCAACAGAGUAAGCCAGUUUGUUGAAGCAAAUGAUGGCUGCAGAAAAUAGUCUUCAGGCACACUCAUCCUCAAGCAGAGAUCCCACACAGGGCCAGAAAUCAGCCCCCCAAGGUAACAGCCCUGACUCCGAGGCCUCCCGUCAGCGCUUCAGGCAGUUUUGCUACCAGGAGGUAACUGGCCCCCAUGAAGCUUUUAGCAAACUCUGGGAACUCUGUUGUCAGUGGCUGAGGCCUAAGACACACUCAAAAGAGGAAAUCCUGGAGCUGCUGGUUUUGGAGCAGUUUCUGACUAUCUUGCCAGAGGAGAUCCAGACCUGGGUGAGGGAGCAGCACCCAGAAAACGGCGAUGAAGCUGUGGCUCUGGUUGAGGAUGUACAGAGAGCUCCUGGACAGCAGGUCCCAGAUUCUGAGAAGGACUUGAAAGGACUCAUGGAGGAGAUGGCCCCUUUGGGAGCAACCAGAGAAUCACUGAGAUACCACUGGAAACAGGAGGUUCAGCCAGAGGAGCCGACUUUGAAGGGAUCACAGAGCUCACACCAAAGACCAGGGGAACAGUCAGAAGCCUGGCCUGCUCCUCAGGCUCCCGGGAACCUGCCCCAAAACACAGGUCUCCACGACCAGGAGACAGGUGCUGUGGUCUGGACAGCUGGGUUCCAGGGACCAGCCACAUGUGAUGACAGAGCUGUAUCCCUCUGUCAGCAAGAAUGGAUGUGCCCAGGCCCUGCACGAAGGGCCCUCUACAGGGAUGCCACACAGGAGGACAGACAUGUCUCGCUGGGAACUCCUGGUUUCCUGGCUUCAGCAUGUGCCGUUUCUUGCUGCUUCUUCAGGCUUCUCCUGCACCUUAUCUUGUCCAGUUGCAGGAGAGUAUAGUGUCUUUUUGAGCUUUGUAUUGAGAUUUGUAUUACUAAAUAUAUAUGGAUAAUAUAAUAAGGUGAGAUAUGAAGGCUCUUUUAUUUUUGAA